CCACGUUGCGCCACAUCUCAGCCUCACCAAAAAUUUCCAAGAAACAAUUCUCAGUGAAAGAGACGGCUUGAUAUCUCCUUUAGUCACGGCAGAUCCAUACUUUCAGACCCGGGCGCAAAAGGAAUCAGAGUCAGAAAAGGGCUUUCCACCGUUUACAAUUUUACUUCUUACAAGCGACAAAAUGCCUGCGCGAACUAAGAAGGAAGAGCAGCCACAGGUUGAGGAUACCAACAUGGAAGACGCCCCAGUCUCCGCGCAGCCUGCGGUGAAUGACGAGGCUGUCGAGGAUGAGGAAGAAGAGGAGGAAACUGAGCCCCAGAGAGUCCGAAUCCUUCCUGGCUCAACAGACACUGCUGCCUCCUUUGAGUUCACUGAUGAAGGCCAUACACUCGGAAACGCGUUGAGAUAUAUCAUCAUGAAAAACCCCGAUGUUGAGUUCUGCGCUUACUCUAUCCCCCAUCCCUCAGAGCCCAAGAUGAACAUUCGCAUUCAGACCUACAGUGGAACUGCAGUUGACGCUCUCAAGAAGGGGUUGGUCGACAUUCAAGAAGUAUGUGAUGUAGUCGCCGAUGAGUUCUGGACCAAGAGGGAGGCCUACAACGCAGAGCAGGGGAUUGACCGAUGAGCCCAAAAUCAUGUGCUCAGGACUUAAAAGUGUUUGCAUUCACAUGGAUCAUGAUGGAAAUAGAGGCGUUUUGAGGAAUCCCUUUCAAUGAGAUAUAUACACAACCCCUUGUUGCUAGUUGCGACCCUAUGCACCCUGUUAGCCUCAUCCUCAACAGAGCGCCAUGUAGUUCGAUGCUCACCUCGAGGAAGCCAGUCAUAAAGCUGGAUGGUAGUCGCUUGUCACCUCG